AUGGUCAUUCACUCAUCACGUAUUCAGGCCACAUGCUCCUCUCCUGCCAGCCAGCACACCCAGCGCCAGCAGUACACCCACGCAGCUCGCCGCCACGGACGCCUCGACGGCAGAGCGGCGGCCAAACCCACGCACACAUGGAAUUUAAUGACGUUUACAGCCUGUCACAGCGUGUUCUUCAAGUGUCGAGUAAAUUUCCGUCCGUCGGGGCUGUUUGCUGCCACUGCCGUUGGUGACAUCACCUCCUCGCUCGCGUUGGCUCUUCGUCUCUCCACGCCGCCGCCCCGCCGCCGCCCGGGCCCCCGCCGGCUCCACCCACCGCCAGCCAACCGUCAGCGCCACCACCACCACUUCCCGCCGCGCUCCACCAACCGCCGAUCCACACCGCCCCGCACCGUCAGCGCCGAACCGACCACACUUACCUCUGCCGCCGCUCCACCAACCGCCCGCCAACCGUCAGCGCCACACCACCACUUCCUCUUGCGCGCUCCACAUGUACGCCGCCAUCCGUCAGCGCCACCACCAAUCUCGCUUCCUCUGCCGCCGCUCCACCACCGCCGCCACCGUCAGCGCCACCACCACCGCUUCCUCUGCCGCCGCUCCACCACCGCCGCCACCGUCAGCGCCACCAACACCAACUCCUCUGCCGGCGCUCCAACACCGCCGCCCACCGUCAGCGCCACCACCACCCGCUUCCUCUGCCGCGCUCCAUCACCGCCGCCACCGUCAGCGCCACCAACACGCUUCCUCUGCCGCCGCUUCAAGCGCCCACCACCACCGCUUCCUCUGCCGGCGCUCCAACCCGGCCGCACACCGUCAAGCGCCACCACCCACCGCUUCCUCUGCCCGCCGCUCCAUCAACCGGCCAGCCACGUCAACGCACACCAACCACCAGCCGCCACCACCGCCGCCAUCCAGCGCCACCACCACACACUAUCCUCCCGGCGCUCCAACCACCGCCCAACCGUCAGCGCCACCACCACCACUUCCUCUGCCGGCGCUCCACCACCGCCGCCACCGUCAGCGCCACCGUCAGCGUCAGCGGCCACCCACCACCGCUCCACCACCGCCGCCACCGUCCUCUCGCCGCCGCUCCACACCGCGCCACCGUCCGCCACAACCCACCACUCUCCUCUGCCGGCGCUCCACCACCGCCGCCACCGUCAGCGCCACCACCACCGCUUCCUCUGCCGCCGCUCCACCACCACCACCGCCGCUCCACCACCACCGCCGCCACCGUCACCAUCUCCACCGCCACGUGUCGCCACCGUCCACUUCCUCUGGCGCCUUCCACCACCGCCGCUCUACCUCCGCCGCCAACCGUCUGGCGCCACCGCCUCUACGCCCCGCCGUCAGCGCCACCGCUACCGCCGCGUGCCUCCUUGUCGAAUGGGCCGAGAGGAGGGGGGGGGCGAAUAUUGGCUUGAGCUGGCUUACUUUUCCUUCUUGAUUCCUCAGUGGCUUGUGGAGACCGUGGGAGAGGUGUGGGGCGUGUUGACUUGA